AUCCUGAAGCCGAGCUGCCAUUGUUAAUGCUGGUGGUGCCGAGCUGGUCAAACAUCCCGGUCCGAAACUAGGACAGGGGAAGACGCGUGCGCCCAUCAUCCCCACCAUCGCCCGAUCGAUCCGAUCCGCCGCCGCCACCUGCUCUGCGGACGACGUGUCGCGCCGGGAGGGAUAGAUGGACGCGGUGCCGGCGCUGGCGGUGGUGGACGCGCGCUUCUGCGCGGGGGACGAGGCGGCGCUGGCGGUGGCCAAGACGCUCAGCAUGUCCGGCAACGACUUCACGGUCACCGACGCCGCCACGGGCGCCCUGCUGCUGCGCGUCGACGGCGUCCUCUUCAGCCUCCGCCGCCGCUGCCUCCUCGCCGACGCGCACCGCCGCCCCGUCCUCACCGUGCAGGAAUCGGCGCUGGUGAUGAACACGCGGUGGAAGGUGUUCCGUGGGGACAGCACGAGCCGGCGGGACCUGCUGUUCACGGUGGUGAAGCCGUCGGUGAUCCAGCUGCGGUGGUCCACCAAGGUCAGCGUCUUCCUCGCCAGCAACGACGCCGAGCAGUCCCCCGACUUCCGGAUCACCGGCAGCUACCACGACGGCGCCUGCUCCGUCUCCCUCGGCGAAUCCGACACCCUCAUCGCCAGGAUCGACCGCCGGUCCACCGUGGUGAGCGCGCUGCUGGGCAAGAACGCCUACAGCGUCACCGUCAACCCCGGCAUCGACUACGCCUUCAUCGUCGCGCUCGCCGUCGUCCUCGACGAGAUGCACUACCAAUGACCAGCACUGGAAUGCGAAUGCUUGCCGCGGGCGCCGUCUUCAGGCUUACUGCUAGCUCCCAGGAGUCUCCGACGGAUUGUUGAGUGUGUCGAUGCUGUGUAGGGGAAUCAGGAAUGCUCUGCAUUUGUUGAGUUGAUACAUGUGUCGGCCAUCAGAGCCUGAUAUGACGUUGAGGUGUGACGCUGUGAAACAGAGUUUUUGAUCCGCUUCAGCAAUGUUCAGAGGGCACUCGGUUGAGCACC